GAAAACAUCCUGUGAAAUUGGGGCAAUAAAUCACUUUGAAAAGUCGAUGGGCGUUCACACAUCUGUUUAAACCAUCGCCGGCUUAAUUGAAAACGCACAGUUUGACACUUGUUAGUCAGAACGCAACCAGCCAAUGUCCCAACAUGGAUUUUAUGCGUUACGAACAAAACUUCGCCGUUAACAAUAACAACAACAACAACAACAACAACAAUAAUAAUAAUAAUAAUCAUAAUAAUAUUAAUAACAGUAGUGGUGGUAGUAGAAAGCGUGGUGGUGUUUUGAAAAGUGUGUGCCAAGAUGAUUUCCAAGUGCCGGUGAAACAACGCAGUCAGGCGAACGCACGUGAAAGGGACAGAACGCACAGAUCUUCAUGUUUCAGUGUGAACACUGCUUUCUCCACGUUGAGGACGUUGAUUCCCACCGAGCCCAAAGACAGGAAGCUGAGCAAAAUCGAAACAUUACGACUGGCUUCCAGUUACAUCUCUCACUUGGGCACUCAACUUAUCGCAGGUCCGAUAGAGCAGCCUUGCUUAAGAAUCGCAAAGGCAGAGGAUCAAGAUCGACAUCAAGUCUGUACGUUUUGUAUAGCGCACAAGAAGACGCCGAAGACGACAGAAGGUAGACCGGAGACGUUCGAUUGUUCCAGUUUUGAAGCUCAAAUUUUUUUGUCCCCCACCUCCCCCAAUCAAAUCUUAACGACGACGGAGCUGAACAACAUUUAUUAUCAACAAUAAGGGAUCGUUGCCACUCAGCCAUGUACUUAAUAAAACAUUUGACACAACCGAAAAC